GAGACGGAAGCCACUGUCUCCCGGGUGAACGAGGCCGUCGCAACGAGGGGAAGAGUGUAGGUGACGGUUCGCACCGGCGGGCGUUGGGGCUUGGCGUGAGUGGGCAGUCUUCUACUUGGAGACGCUCACGGGGUCCAGGAGGAGGCGUCGAGGACCCCGGGUUUGGGGGGUGGCCUGCCGGGGAGCUUGGCUCCCCCGGACCCCAGCCCACUAAGCGCGGCUGCUCGGUGGCCCGGCUCUCCCGAGCGGCCGGCGGGAGGUGUCGCCGAAACCUCUGUGAGCUUGGAGGGACCGCUCACUCGCCGCCGCGUUUGUCCUCCUACAGACAUGGGGCGCAGAAAAUCGAAACGGAAGCCACCCCCCAAAAAGAAGAUGACCGGCACCCUAGAGACCCAGUUCACCUGCCCCUUCUGCAACCACGAGAAGUCUUGUGACGUAAAAAUGGAUCGUGCCCGCAACACCGGAGUCAUCUCCUGUACCGUGUGCCUAGAGGAAUUCCAGACACCCAUCACAUAUCUGUCAGAACCAGUGGACGUGUACAGCGAUUGGAUAGAUGCCUGCGAGGCCGCCAAUCAGUAGCAAUGCCGAGGACCCACUCCCCUGGCAGUGCCGCCUGCCGUGGACCUGCCCCACUGGCUACCAGUCCAGAGACAUUCCAGGGUCCAGGGUGUGGGUCCAGGGCCUUCACAGCCCUCUGCGUGUAUGGAGUGGGUGUGAGUGUGAGUGUGUGCGGCCGCAAGCGUGGCCGUGGCAGUGUGCGUGUGGGAACGGACUGGAGGUGAAGUGGGGUUGUUGCCCCCCCGCCCCCGGGGGGAGCCUGAAGUGCUUCACUUGGCUCUGAAAGCCUUUAACUUGCUUGCUCCUCCUCAGAGCCAGUGUUUGGACAUUCUGGGCAAGACAAGGCCAGCAGAGGCUGCCUCAGGACCCUCCAGCCUCCUCACCCACCUCACCAGCACCUUGCCCAUUUGAACUGGACUGCCCUCCCUCCUUCCCUGGCUUCCAAGGCCUGUGGCCUGAGAUUCAGAGCCACGGUCCUGUAGCCCCCUUGGCUGAGCCCUGGCAGAACAGCCCCUUUUCAUGUUUAGUUGCUUUUGUAGAGGAGGAGGGGCUGGGUCGGGGAUAUCUGUCAGCCGCAAGCCCUUAAAUAAAGCAGCCGAUGCAGACUCCU